CCCAGAGAACCAUAAACGAGGACAUGUGCCCUCGAUCUCCCUCUCUCGUUUGUCCGAUUCAGACGAACAUUCGAAAAUUUUGAGAACAAUAAUCUGAGGCGUGCACAUCGUUUCGUGUCUUAGUUGACUUAAAAAAUGCGUUACGUGGCCGCUUAUCUACUUGCCACCCUUGGAGGGAACAAAGAACCAUCUGCAUCAGACAUCAAAGCCAUCCUUGAAAGUGUUGGCAUUGAUGUUGACUCUGAUCGCCUUGAUGUAGUCAUUAAAGAGUUGAGUGGAAAGGACAUCAAUGAGGUGAUUGAAGCAGGCAAAUCCAAACUGGCAUCAGUUCCCACAGGUGGUGCUGUGAUGGCAGCAGCAUCAUCAGGUGGGGGAGCUGCUGCUCCUGCUGGUGAGAAGGCAGAGGAGGAGAAGAAAGAAGAGAAGAAGGAAGAGGAAGAAGAGGAAUCUGAUGAUGACAUGGGAUUUGGCUUGUUUGAUUAAGCAACUCUAACUAAAAGCAAAUAAAUCUUUGUAACCUCCAG